GGGGAAACGCGGAUGCGCGCUGGGUAAACGCGGAUGCACCCCGUCUGACUGCAGGUUGUGGCCGCCACGUGUCUGUAUUCAUUAUUGCACUAAACGGGGGAAUGGCGCGGGGGGUGGCGAAUGUCCCCAUCACCAUCACAAUCAACGCAGUGAUGUGUUGAACUGUUGUCAAGGGGAUGAAAGCACAUGUGACCGCAGGAUACACACAAGUCCCGGUGAAUAAAGGACAGCAGUGGUGGACAUGGGAGCCAGACGGAACAGAACUAUGCGGUCUGGCGUUGGAAAAUCUGUGCGCAAAUGUUACAUAUUUUUAUUACACUCGAGCUUUGGAAUUUAAACUGAGCGUGGAUGGGUCAGUGGGCCUCACCGGGACUAUGAAGUUGGACAAUUACGCGCAACUUUUCUUACUUCUGUGUUUGUGCAUUUUUCACAGCUCAGCCAUUGAUACAGUGAACGUUGUGGAUUUUUGUGGUCAGACAAUUCGUGCAGAUGGAAUGAUUGUUAACUCACAUCAACAGUCCAAGAAAUAUUACUUUGUGACAAUGGGAACCGAUUGCCACAUUACCAUGCAAGCCAGUUCACCAAAAGACAACAUUCAGUUUUACUUUCGCUUCUUCCUGGUGUAUAGCCUGCUGCGAGUAGCCCCUCUGAGUCCAGCCCCAACAGUCCCAGAACCCCCUUUAAACAUCAGCUUAGAACCACUGUCUGCAGAGAGCCCGGCUGAUCGCUGCCAUGCUGGAUCAUACAUUCAGUUCUAUGAUGGGGCAGACAAGAGCUCACCACCUCUGGGACCCCCGCUCUGUGGGAAGAGUCCUCCUCGACCAGUAUUGUCCACAGGGAACUACCUGACUCUGCGGCUGGUGACACGUGGCUCUCAGCCCAGAGUGGACUUUGUGGGGGAUUUCACCUCCUUCAGAUUAGGUUUUAACCAAUCAAAGUGUAAUGGUGAGCCAUACUUCAGCUGCAGAAAUGGGAAGUGUAUCCCGCUCAGUUUGGUGUGUGAUGAUAAAGGCAUUAACAACUGUGGAGAUGGUAGUGACCUGGAAGAGAACCUGAAGAAUGAGUGCAAAGAUGGCCAGCUUCUCUUUUCGAACCCUCUGGCAACAACAGGCUCUCCUCUUGCAUUGUUAAGCCCCUCUACAACAUCCCAAGUGCAACAGAGUUGUGCCAUGCCAGACAGCCAGGGGUCAAUAUCUGCUCCGGGGUCCUGGCCCUUGCUACUGUGCAUCGUGCUGGGUUUUCUUGGUGGCAGUCUGAUGUUCUGCUGGUGCUGCUGGAGCCCUGGAUGGUUAUUGUGGCGUGUCAGUAUCUGUCGUUUUUGGCCUUGCUGCAACUCGGCAUGUUCAGCCUGCCAGCUUUGUGGUGGAAGCAGCCACUGCAAGGAGCACAGAAUGGCCAAAGUGAGCCCCCACCCACAGGCCAAAGGACAUCCCACCACAGCUGUUAACCAGGCUGAGGAGAGUGGUACCAAUGCUGCUGCUGCUGCUGCUGCUAUUGUAUAGGACCCAGGCAGGACCAUGGAUGAUAUGAACAUGACGGAUGUAGUACUACUACCACCUUCACUGGUUUGUUAAUUUAACAAUGGAUAUUCAACCAGUUGUAUGGACAUUUAUAGGUUUCCUCUUAUUAAAACAUAGAUGUCAGGGUACUUUGUUUAUAUUUUAUUUUGUGUCAGAUAGAUAUACAGUAUUUAAACAAAAUGUAUCACAAUUUUUAAUAAACCAACACUUUAAUUAACCUUAAUGAAGCAUGAACAUAUACCACAAAUACUUAUUCAUAAUGAACAAAUAGUUUAUUGAAAAUGCUUCAGAAACUACUCAAUAAAUAACCUAACACCUCACCCCUUAAAUAACUAGUUGUUAAUCCUGAACCAUUCUAAAUAAAUGAUUUUCAUUCUAAAUUAAGUUGUUCGUGCUUUAUUAAGGCUAAAUAAAGUUUAUUAUUGCUUAUUUUGUGGCAACACUUUAUAAUAAUAAACAGGAUUUCAGAUAGUGCUCACCUUCGUUCCUCUCAGUGUCAAGUUGCUGGCACUGCACAACAACUGCAUGGGUUUGUCGUUGCCAGGCCUCUGUCAGCUAUGUGGACUGUAGACUGAAGCCUCUUCCUGUCAGUCCAUUCCUUACAUGUGUAUGCGUCACUGCUGAAAAGGUCACUCCUACUCUGUGUCUGUGCCAACACUAUGCUCAUGGGCUGUACAUCUACAGGCCAGCAUUUAUCUUUGUUAUCUGAAUAUCCUCUGUCUAAUGUAUCAGUACGCCCGAUAAUUGGUCAUUUGGGGUUUUGUUUUGACUUAUACUUCAUCUCUCCCAGCAAACAACCUUUUAUUUUGGACAAAUACAUUUUAAAAAUAAUCAAGAACAGUUGUCCCCUAAAGAAGAUAUGUUUCUAAUAAACAUUUGAUUGUGUAAGUAUUUUCAUAGCAUUUGCAGAUAAAACGCAUUUUGUACCAAAUGUGUAUUGCAACACAAUCAGUUUUGGGUUAUUGUUAGUUUGACUU